UACAGACAGCGUGCAUAUCAAACAGCGUGUAGGAGGUUUUCUGCAGCAUUUAGCAGAGAGCACAAGAGGACACGACAUACUUCUUUCAGGAUUUAUUAACACAGUAAAUCACAGCGCCUCAAGACAUCUGGGCCUCCUUUUUGCAAGGAGAUCGGAUGCAACGAAUGAACCAUUGCAGCAUGAGGUCUCUUGCUGGUUUUUGGAUCCUUCUGCUGGGCUGUUCAGCCCUGUGCCGUGCAGCACCUGUGACUUCAACAGUUUCAACAGAGGAUGAAACCCUGGCUGAGAAAUAUAUCGGUCAGUUCUACAGUGAUGAAGGUGAGACAGAUCCUUCAACCAGGAGAAUCUCGAAGAGAAGCUUCACUGAGAAUCUGGAGAAGAUGCAGUCUUUCUUUGGCCUUGAGGUGACUGGUAUGUUGAACAAUGAAACACUGGACAUUAUGAAGGCGCCGAGGUGUGGUGUUCCAGAUGUCAGCCGAUAUGAACACUUUGGUGGAAAACCCAGAUGGAACAAAAAGCUGCUUACGUACAGGAUAACUCAGUACACUCCAGAUCUGACCCAGGAACAGGUAGAUGCAACCAUUGCUCACGCCUUCCAGCUCUACAGCGAUGUCAUCCCUCUGGACUUUAAGCAAAUCCACAAUGGUAGUGCAGACAUCACAAUUCUCUUCAAGGGUGGAGACCACGGGGACAGUUGGCCCUUUGAUGGGAAAGGGAGAGUCUUGGCUCAUGCUAUCCCUCCACGAGGGGGUCCAGGAGGGUUUGCACACUUCGAUGAUGAUGAAACCUGGACUGUUACCCAGCAAGGUAUAAAUCUGCUGCUGGUGGCCGCCCAUGAGUUUGGCCAUGCCCUGGGCCUGGAUCACUCAAAGGAAAGAGGUGCACUUAUGUACCCCUAUUAUGAUUAUGUUGACACGGAUGGAUACAGUCUACCACAGGACGAUAAACGUGGGAUUCAAGUCCUCUAUGGCCGCCGUUCACCAGGGCCAGAUGGGCCAACAGAGGACCCUUGGAUAGGAUUUGAGCAGUGCAGUCGCACCCUUGUAUUUGAGGCAGCUACCACCAUGGGCAACGACCUGUUCUUCUUCAAAAAUGGGUACUGCUGGAGAAGUGGUUCUGAAGGCAUCAAAAUAAUCAGGGUGAACACAAAAUGGUCACAAAUCAACACUGUUGAUGCCGCAUAUGAGGUUCCUCACAAGAAUGUGGUGUAUCUUUUUGAAGGUGGUCAGUACUGGGGAAUAAAAGCUGAUUCAGAGACAGUAAUGCCGGGCUUUCCAAAGCCUCUUACCAAUCUUGGCCUCCCGCCUACAGUCAGGGAGGUAGAUGCAGCAACUUAUGAGUCAACAACUAAGAAAACAUUCAUUUUUGUGGAUAGCCAGUAUUGGAGAUAUGAUGAAGGAAGUAACCAAAUGGACCCUGGAUUCCCACGAGACAUUAAGAAAGACUUUCCUGGCAUAGGCUCCAAAGUAGAUGCUGCCUUUGAGAAUCACGGAAAUCUGUUUUUGUCAAACGGCCCCAGACAGAGUGAGUACAACAUGGCCUGCAGGAAAGUGAUGCGAGUGCUGCUCAACUCUAACUGGCUCUGUGUUUAAGGAAGUGGAAAUUCAUCAACACAUCUAAUUUACCAGUGAUUGAACUACAUUUAGCAUGAACACCAUCACAAAAUAAAGUUUCACUGAUUUGCCAACAAUUCUCAGGGACACUGUGCUGCUGCUGAGUUGUUUGCAAACAUCAGAGAAUGAUACUCAUUCAUACAAUAUAAAUUAAUUCCUUUAAUUAAUCUAAGACUUGCUUUACUGAUAACUGCAAAUUGUAUUACUAUAAUGAUGUUAAAUUAGAGUAAUCACAUACAAGAGUUACAUUUAAAGUGGGCUUAUGCAAGAACUUUCAAGACAUUUCUCUAACUCAUUUGCAUUAAAAACAUUUAUGAAAAUAUUCUGCAUGAUAAACUCAGUAGGCACAUUAAAGAGGUUAUCCUUAUGUUUUUCUGAUCAUGUUUGAGCUGUUGUGUUGCAACACACUCAUCUUUUGAUUACUUUAAACUUUGCAUUGUAGAGCUUGUUUGACUCAGUUUUAACCACAUUUGAAAAAACUCAAUAAAUAAAGACCUGAAUC